AUGAAAACAGAGAAGGUUGAGAGAAGGAAAAUAUGUUUUACGGGCUUGACGGUCUGUUGCUUCUCAGAAAUUCUUGAAAACAGAAAGCAUCAGGAAGCCGUCCUGCUGAGAAAGGCCACAUUCAACUUGACCGUGAGGGAAAUGAGGAAGAAAAGCUCAUCGGCCGGAGAAGCUAAACCCAGAGUUUAUUUGCCAACAAACUCUUCAGAGGCUCAAAAGUCAGGUCCUCCAAAGGCUGAAAGUAGAAAAGAGAAACAUGACCUUAAAACUGAACCCUGGCCCAGCGACAGGCCUCAGAAAGUGUCCAGCUUGGACACGGGCUGUUUGGCUGCUGUUUUUCAUUAUUUUUAUAAACUGAAAUCCAAUAUGGAAGACAAUGACCGGUUCCCGAAGAACCUGUGCAGAGAGGCUGUGGACUUGAACAGCUGCAGAUUAACAGCAGCAGAGGCGCAGGAAACAGCUGUUUUUCUGCCUUUCCUCUCAGACUUGGAAGAACUGGACGUUUCCUGGAAUGAUUUCGUCAGCGGAACCCUCCAUUCGCUCACUCAGCAAAUGCAUCUUGUCAGCAACUUAAAAGUCCUGAGGCUGAGUAGCUGCAGACUCACCACUGAGGACCUUCAAAUACUGGGAGAUGCUCUUGAAAUGAUUCCUGAACUUGAAGAACUGAGUUUGUCCUGGAACAGCAAAGUGGGAGGGAAGCUGCCUCAAGUUCUCCAUACAUUCCAAAAGGGGAGCAAGAUUCGAACUCUUGAACUUAUGGACUGUGCCCUCACAUCACAGGAUGGAAUGUUUGUGGGUCACCUGCUGCCAAAGCUGCAGAGCCUUGAAGUGUUUGACCUUUCCAUUAACAGAAACAUUGGCAGCAGUCUAGACAUCAUAGCGCAGGGGCUAAAAGGUACCUCAGGCCUGAAGGUAUUGAGGUUGCAUGCCUGUGGAUUAACCAGAGAGAGCGUCAGAAUACUGGAUGAUGCUUUUGCAUCGUUGGAUGUGCUGGAGACACUGGAUCUCUCCUGCAACAAGGACCUGGGUGGAGGCUUUGAGGACGUGCCUGCUCGGCUGGCCUUACUGAAGCAGCUAGAAGUCCUAGACCUUCACCAGUGCUCGCUCACAGCAGAAGAUGUGUCAUCACUGACUCGGAUUAUUCCUUUACUCUCAAACCUUCAAGAACUGGAUUUGUCAUCCAACAGAAAGGUAGGCGGCUCCUCUGCAAACCUCCUCAGCAGGCUUCGAUUCAUACCAGCCCUGAAGUCCCUGCUUAUCAACAGCUGUUCUUUGGAAACUGAGACUUUCGCAGCCCUUGCAGAAGCGUCUGUUUACCUUCCUGCCCUGGAGAUGCUCAACCUUUCCUGGAAUAAGUGUGUUGGUGGGAGGCUGGAGCUGCUUCUACCAACGCUAGAGCUGUCACGGUCACUCCGGGUGCUGAGGCUGAGCAGCUGCUCCCUAGUGACAGAGGACUUGGUUCUUCUGGCCUCAGUCAUACAGACAGGCCAUUUAGCCAAGCUGCAGAUGCUUGACCUGAGCUACAAUGACAGCAUCUGUGAUGCGGGAUGGGACGUCUUCUGCCGAAGUCUCUGCUUCCUUAAAAACUUAACUGAACUAGACAUCAGCCUUCGGCCAUCAAGUUCCCGGGAUUGUGCGCGGUGGUUUAGGUGUUUACUGUGUGCUGUGACCCAGCUUCCUUUGAUCACUGAGAUAGAGAUGAGAAGAUGGGUCAUCCCAGCCUCACAGGAGGAAGAACUAGAAUGCUACAUUCAGGACCACAGAAGGGACCUUCACUUUGAGCAUGGUGGGCUUCAGUGGGCUGCUCCCUAAGCAGUGACCAAUUCUCCAAAGA